CUCUCUCCGGCCUGUUCUGUCUCURCUUUGCUGGCGGUGACGACGUGACAUUGAAGCCAGAUGUGUUGCACAACUCGAUCCUUCACGAGUCCUGCUGGCCUCACUCAGCGCCAAAACUCCAAGGUCCAACUGGAGUUAGUGAUCUGUCAGAGCAGGGACAGUCCUUUCUGACCAGGUCAGCAGAUUGAACUGAACUUCACCCGUGAAGAUGGGAGAUUGGGGAUUUUUAUCGGUCUUGCUGGAGAAAGUCCAGUCCCACUCCACGGUGAUCGGGAAGAUCUGGAUGAGCGUGCUGUUCUUGUUCCGGAUCAUGGUUCUGGGAGCGGGUGCAGAGAGCGUGUGGGGCGACGAGCAGUCCGGUUUCAUCUGCAACACCCAGCAGCCCGGUUGUGAGAACGUCUGCUACGACUGGACCUUCCCCAUCUCCCACAUCCGCUUCUGGGUGCUGCAGAUCAUCUUCGUGUCCACGCCCACGCUGGUGUACCUGGGCCACGCCAUGCACGUCAUCCACAAGGAGAACAAGCUGAGGGAGCUGCUGUCCAGCCCCGGUGGGCCCGGGAAGCUCCGGCAGCCCAAGUACAGCGAUGAAAAGGGACACGUCAAGAUCAAGGGCAACCUGCUGGGGAGCUACCUGACCCAGCUGGUGGUGAAGAUCCUCAUCGAGGCCGGCUUCAUCGUGGGCCAGUACUACCUGUACGGUUUCGUCAUGGUCCCCAUGUUCCCCUGCUCCAAGAAGCCCUGUCCCUUCACCGUGGAGUGCUACAUGUCCCGGCCCACCGAGAAAACCAUCUUCAUCAUCUUCAUGCUGGUGGUGGCCUGCGUCUCUCUGCUCCUCAGCGUCCUGGAGAUGUUCUACCUGAUCUGCUCCAGGGUGAGGUGCGGAUCCAGGCGUCGGGCUCACAGAAUCGUCUCGGCAGAGAACCCGGCCCGCCUGUUGGGUCCGAAGUGGCCGACCACGGACGAGGCGCUGCGGCAGAACAAGAUGAACAUGGAGCUGGAGAGCAACCACAGCACCGGAGGCAGCCUGGACGGUGCGAAGGAGGAGAAACGGCUGCUGAGUGGACAUUAAAACCUCUGAUCCUCCGUGGAAACAUCGGUCUUUGGGUCACAUUUUACCCCCUUUUCCUCAGAGACUUUCAUCUCAACACAACAAAAAACAUUAAUCAUGUCUGCACAGAAAAUUACACAUCAAUAAACAGCAUCAAGGGGCA